GACAUUCAGGCGAUUCACUUGCGAAAUCCAAACAAUAACACUGCAACCGACCCAAAACCACAAUCAAAUCACAUGAAGACAUUAAAAUACUGAAUUUGUUGCAUCAUUAUGGUUAUUUCACACAACGUCAUACAACCACAAAUUUUUAGAUUAAAACCUACAACUAUAAAGAUAAAUGUCAAAAUUAUAGAUGACAAUGACACACAAGACAAACUCGCUAUAAAAAUGGAGUGAAAUAAGAGAACACCUAUUAGGGCUUCCCAACACGACCAUAGCAAAGUAGCUUAUGCACUUGAACGUAUUCCAUGUAGUUAUAACAUUACAGAUUUCUGAUUAUUCUAGGCCCAGUCGCCAUUCAAGAUAGUUGUUUCACAUUUUCACAGUUUCACAUUCAAAAUAUAAUGAGGAAAUAAGAAAGAAAAUCAUUAAAUCAUCAAGUAUUAAUAAAAUUCGUGAAAUAAAUGUCGAUUUCAUAAAAAAAUAAAUUUAUAAGUGAUAAUAAUGUUCUAUGUGGAUUAAAAAUUUCAAUAAUGAAAGUUUUGUAUUCUGAAUUAUAAAGUGAAAAUAUGGAAUCGUUCAUGGAGUACUAUUUUGAGGAGGUUUUCAACAAUCUGGAUCGGGAUUGUUUAAACGAAAGACAUAAAAGACGGGAGCUUGUUGAGUACUUCAACACUGUCAUUACUGGAUGCGCUAGAGGCCAAAACAUAUCAGAUGAAACAACCUGCAAGUACUUUAUACUUUCUGCUCUCCGGUACCACAAUAGCUGCAAGUCCAACAAUGGAGACGUUUGCCUCAUGGGCAAGUACCACAACCUGCUAUACAUCGCCAUGAAGCUGGCUUUCGACUGGAGUCUGCAGGACAAUGGUGUCGUUGCAGCGUUAUUGGAUGAGCUUUACACGUGUGAAAAGACUUUUGAGAGGAUAUUUUUGGGAGCUAUAUUCGGCACAUCAGCACCGCAUUUCCUAGCGGGAUGGAAAUCAGAUUUUAUGGACAGAGAAGAAAAUGUCCAUGCACUAGUUUAUUUCCUUGACCACGCCACAAACGCUAACUUGGAAUAUACAGAUGAUAAUAAAAUCCAUCGAUUCAUAGACGUGCCUUUAGAAAGUUGCGGUAAAGCAUCGCCAGUAAGAGUAGUAAUACAGAUGGGAUCAUCUGAAAUGCUAAUGAUUCUGCUAAGGUUUGGAGCUAACAUAGCAGCUGAAAAUGCUGCAACGAAUCCUAUUGAAUCAAUCCUAGACAGAUUGAAAGAAUACAAACGAGCAUACCCGUACGAGCUAGUUGGCUGUCUGAAGUUAAUUUUGAGAGUGAUACCAACGAUAAAGUUUACAGUAUCAAAACGAGAAUUUAAACAUUUGGGAUUAUCAGAAGAUUAUAAUUAUGAUAGAAAGAUAGCAUUGGAAAUCUAUUCAGAAAUAUUAGAAGACCAUUUAUUACCAAGUACAAGAUGUGGGUUGAGGCCGGUGGAACUGAAACAUUUGUGUCGGUGUGCAGUUAGGCAGAUGUUGUGGAAAAAUUUCGAGUUGCCGUUUGGCAUUUAUAAAUUGCCUAUUCCACCGUCAUUGAAGAAAUAUUUGGAUUUGUUUGAUGAUUAAAUGAUGCGUGUGGAUUGGCUUUA